AUUCCCAUUCUGUCUGGAUCCCCAGAUUCGAACCAUGUUCAAUCGAUUUGAACGUAAUAUCUACUUGAUUAUGACUGGAUCUCUCGCUAUUAUAUCCAUUGCACUUACUAGCAUCAUAUUUAAGGAAAUGUUCUCAAGGGGAAACUCUCAGUGUUUCUUGAAUACACGCACCCCAGAAAGGCAGAAAAAAUUCACUUUCAUGGGCGACGAUUUUCCCGAGUCAUUCGUUGACGUGGGCAAAGUGAAACUCGUGGUGGAGGAAAGUGUACGAUUUGCACUAGACCGUCCGGAGGCCAACACCGAGUGGCUUUCCACUUCUCCCCCGGGAACUGGACACGUAGCGCUGGGUCCAGAUAACCGAGCUUUCUUCGUGGCCAUGUUCCAUCAGCUUCAUUGUCUAAGACUCUUCCGAACGGCUCUCGUUGGUCAAAAUCAUAAUGCUGAAGGACAUGCACACCACUGUCUUAAUUAUCUGAGACAAUGGAUACUUUGCCAAGCAGAUCUUACACUUGAAGCAGGAGAUUUUACCACACGAGACUUCGAACAACACCGCGUUGGUGCCACACACGUCUGCAGAGACUGGGGUGAGAUAUAUGACAGCGUCGCUGUCAAUUGGCAAGAACGCCAACUUGCUGCCAGUAGCAAUUCUACUACAUGAGCUACCAGGAAUAUAUGGAUCAGUGUAUAUACCCUUCAAGCAGAAUGGCCGCAUUAUAGGACCGUCAUAUCAUGAUGGUAAUUUCACUGGACGAAUGAGCAAGGGGGUGUUCUACAUAUCGCUCAUUCCGUGUCGCAUCAGUUUUAAGCUAUUAGCAGGCUGCCGAUAUGCUUCGCGAAAAGUCUAGGUCAACUCUAUGUACCAUACGCCAAAUUUAAAUAUCUUUUGUAAAAUAGAUUAAAGGUGUUGUUUAAGACCACUCAUGAAAAAAUCUUGAUAAACGGCCUAUUAUCUUUGCAACUUGUAAGUCGGUACCAAGUCAUGAAAAGAUUUCAUGAUCACUUGAAAGUG